AUGGCCGACCUGCCUGUGUCGUUGCCAGAGACAGAGCAGGGCAACACACGCGGGCAAGUGAUUGUGCCGCCGCGCGUAGGAGAGCGCACGGCUCGUCGGCAAACGGUGCUGGACGAAGAAACAUACACGCGCGGUCUCUCGCAGAUCAUUCAGCGAGACUUUUUCCCUGACCUACCACGAUUACGUGCACAGAAUGCGUACUUGCAUGCACUGGAAGAAGGCGAUGUCGGCUCGAUCGAGUCGUGUGCACGAGCACUCGUCCGUGAGGAAGCUCGUGCUGGCGUACUCGAAGACAUGACAAGGCGUGGCGAGGCUGGCAACACACUCACCCCUGUGGCAAUGGGUGGCGAUGCCACGCCCAUGUCAGAUACUGGCUUUUCUGAUCUGGAUCUCGAUCUGACUGAGCCAGGCCAUUCGGCCACUAGCACACCUUUUGCCGAUGCAGGUGCGGACGGCUCGACCGACGGCUCGAUGCCAUGGCCAUCACAUGGCAAAAAGCGACGGUUUCCACUUUUACUCAUGAGCAUGGACGAAUACCAAACUCGUUAUACGACAGAGGACAAUGCAUCUUUCGCGCAGCUGAUGGAUCUAGAUCGCAAACGGCGGCGCGACAAGUACCAGUGGGCGUAUGACGCCGCGCAUGUUGAACAAGCCAAGCGUGUUGCUCGGAUCGACUCUGCUCGCUCUGAAGCUGAGCAGGGUCGACAACUUGCGAUGCCGGAGCGCUUGCUGAUAGAUGCGCCAGCAUCGGCACGAGUGAGCCAUGCAGGUACUCCCAGCAGAGCUGUGUCAAAUUCGGCAGCCUCGUCCGUGUCAGCGACAUCGACUACAUCGGACUCUGUCUCCAUGAUGCCACCGCCGCCACCGCCAAGUCGAAAGCGUAUCGAGGCACGCACGUCGUCAUCAUCGUCGUCACAGAACGCAGCUCCGCGUGUACUGCAUGCAAAUACCCGGCUGCCUGCGCAAGAGGCGAGCGAGACAUCUGAGCCUUCGACACCCAGCAGCAGCGUAUUGGAUCGGGCGAUGAAUGCGUCCAGCACACCCCGAAUUCAUGGCUACAACUUUGUUAGCGCUACAUCGACUCCGCGGGCCGAGCACAUGAGUGAACGGCGCCUUGAGCAGCUGAUGACAUGGGGUCAACUAGCCGCGACGCCCCGUAGACUCGACACGCCAGAGCCACCGACGCCAAGCUCCGUCAUGACAGAUGUGACGCCUCUUGCGAGUCAAACGCCAAGCCAAACGCCAAGCCGAACACCUUCGCACAUGCCAUCGGCGACGCCUAGACGGUCCUCAGGUGCUGCGCCUCGUACACCGUCGACUCGGCGCUUGCAUGAUUUAAGCCCAGCGGCCCGAUCACUUCUGCAUCGAACGAGCCGGAGUGCCUCUUCGCUGUAUCGGAUGCCAUCGUCCACAGCAGCGUCAUCAGCAUCGACGGCUACGCCGUCCAGCAGCCGAGGCACACCCCGCUGGACUCCGACACCUAGUCCAGUAACGCGCCGGUUCUAA